CUGGGCGAGGCUUCUCCGUCAGUAGCGUAGCGGCGCGGUGGGCGGGUGCGGGGCGUACGUCGGUUGCGCAGCGGGAGGGGGGGAUGGCGGCGGAGCCGGGUACCAGCGAAGUGCGGCCGCAGCACCGCUUCGACCAGGGCAGGUUGGAGCGGUACCUGUGCAGCCACUUGCCCGGCUUCCCUCGGCAGCCCGCGGGGGCUCUGUCUGUCAGGCAGUACAGCUUAGGACAGUCAAAUCCAACCUUUUAUCUUCAGAAGGGUGGGCAUGCUUAUGUGCUCAGGAAGAAGCCCCAUGGCCCUCUUUUACCUAGAGCUCACAAGGUUGAUAGAGAAUAUCGUGUGCAGAAAGCCUUAUUUUCAGCUGGAUUUCCAGUGCCUGAGCCCCUGUUAUAUUGCAGUGAUGUUGCUGUCAUUGGAACAGAAUUUUAUGUAAUGCAGCAUGUGCAGGGUCGCAUCUUCCGAGACCUCUCCCUGCCUGAAGUGGGCCCAGCAGAGCGUUCUGCUUUAUAUAUUGCAAUGAUAGAAACCUUGGCCCUCUUGCACUCCUUUGAUUUACAGUCACUGGGUCUCCAAGGAUAUGGCAAAGGACCAGGAUAUUGCAGAAGACAGGUGUCAACUUGGAAAAGACAAUAUGAUGCAGCUGCACAUACAGAUAUUCCUGCCAUGAACCAGCUGGCAGAGUGGUUAGCAAGCAACGUGCCACCUAGUGAUUAUGAAGAAAGCCUGAUUCAUGGUGACUUUAGAAUAGAAAACAUAAUCUUCCAUCCAACAGAGGCUCGUGUUUUGGCAGUGCUGGACUGGGAACUUUCAACUACUGGUCAUCCUUUAGCAGAUCUAGCAUAUGCCACUCAGUUCUACUUUUGGCCUACAUCUAUUAAAGACUUAGGCCAAGGAACUGUCUUGGGUGUCAGAGACAUCAUAGAAACUCCUUCAUUUGAAGAACUGGUUUCAGUUUACUGCCGCUGCUGGGGUAUUAGCACUACUUUAUCCAACUUCAAUUUCUUUCUUGCUUUGUCAUAUUUUAAAAUGGCAGCAAUAUCCCAGGGUGUCUAUGCUAGACAUCUCAUUGGAAAUGCUUCUGCAGAGAAUAGUUAUUUAUUUGCUAAGAUCGUGAAGCCUUUGGCAGAGAGAGGAUUAGAGCUCUCAAAAAGGUCAUCUUUCAGCAGCACACAUCACAGUAUUUCUGGAGAGCUAUUCCAUCAAAGUAGGAAAGGUCAAGAAAUUUUGCUGAAGGUAAAGCAGUUCAUGAAGCAGUACAUAUAUCCAUCUGAGAAGGAAAUAAUAAAAUACUAUGCUGAACAUGGAAAUAUGGAUGAAAAAUGGAAGAAACCACCUCUGCUUGAGAGACUGAAGGAAAUGGCCAAAGCAGAAGGUCUGUGGAACCUUUUUCUCCCAGCUAUCAGCGGUCUCAGCCAGCUUGAUUAUGCACUAAUAGCUGAGGAGACAGGGAAGUGCCUCUUUGCUGCUGAGGUUUUCAACUGCCAUGCACCAGACACUGGAAACAUGGAGGUCUUACACAUGUAUGGAACUGAAGAGCAAAAGAAAGAGUGGCUGGAGCCUCUUCUAGAAGGGAAGAUUAGUUCUUGCUUCUGUAUGACAGAACCCGAUGUCGCUUCAAGUGAUGCCACCAACAUGUUGUGCAGCAUUGAGCGAGAUGGAAACAGUUAUGUGAUCAAUGGCAAGAAGUGGUGGAGCAGUGGGGCUGGGAACCCAAAUUGUAAAGUUGCAAUUGUAAUGGGCAGAACCAAAAACUCCUCAGCGUCCAGGUACAAGCAGCACAGUAUGAUCAUUGUUCCCAUGAACACUGCAGGGCUGAAGCUGAUAAGACCCCUCUCAGUGUUUGGGUACCUGGAUGAGAUCCAUGGAGGACAUUUUGAGAUACACUUUAAUGAUGUGCGAGUACCUGUGUCCAAUAUAAUACUGGGUGAGGGCAGGGGGUUUGAGAUAGCUCAAGGUCGCCUUGGUCCGGGCCGUAUUCAUCACUGCAUGAGGUCCAUUGGUGUGGCUGAAACCGCCUUACAGAUAAUGUGCCAGCGUGCAGCUCAGAGAGAGACUUUUGGGAAGAAGCUGUAUCACCAUGAAGUUGUUGCCCACUGGAUCGCUGAAUGCCGCCUCAGCAUAGAACAAGCUCGACUGCUAACACUAAAAACAGCCAGGAAGAUUGACAUGGUGGGCAACAUAAAAGCAAGAAAAGAGGUAGCCAUGACCAAAGUGGUUGUGCCUCGAGCUGUGCUUAAAGUGAUUGACUGUGCAAUCCAAGUGUGUGGUGGAGCUGGAGUUUCCCAGGAUUUUCCUUUGGCUUUUUUGUUUGCUUAUACCCGGACCUUGCGCCUGGCAGACGGGCCCGAUGAAGUUCAUCUCUCAACAAUUGCAAGGUGGGAACUGCUUGAUCAGUCCAAGCAGCUCAGUGCAAAAAUGUAAUGCCAGCAUAAAGCCCCUCUCACAUGGAUGGAAGAUUUAGGAGUUUGUUCAGUGCAAUAAUAAUGUUUCAUUUAAAACGGAAUUAAAAAACCAAACACUUGAUUCUAGCUUGAAGAAAUACAUAUUCUCUCACUCUUUACUUGUAAUUAUUACAAUUAAUUACCAGAGGCUUGCUUUUAAAACUUGGCAGAAUGCCAUGUAAAUACCAGAAUUUGGAUUCUUUGUAACACUAAAUAAAAUCUAUUUUCUAACAGGCC